UCAGCAGUUUCCGGUACGUGGACAGCGAGUCUUUUUCCGGUGAGAGUCCAAACACGCAGACAUGCCUCUCGCAAAGGAUCUUUUGCACCCAAGUCCCGACCUGGAGAAGAGGAGACACAAGAAAAAACGUCUUGUUCAGAGUCCUAACUCCUAUUUCAUGGAUGUCAAAUGUCCAGGUUGCUACAAGAUCACCACAGUCUUCAGUCAUGCUCAGACGGUAGUUCUGUGUGUCGGCUGCUCCACGGUCCUGUGUCAGCCGACAGGAGGGAAAGCUCGCCUGACAGAAGGCUGCUCAUUCAGGAGGAAACAGCACUAACCUGAUCAGAUGUGAUUUGACACCCUUGAGGAGAAGAGUAAGAACUUGAUGGACAUCAAGUGACGCUGCCAUAGAACUGAUGCAGGGGAUGACACAGAGAGCUGGAAUAUAAAUCAUGUAAUAUAAGAGGUUGUCUAUAUACAUAAUGUGCAGAGAAAUGCCUGGCCUUGUUGAGACACCACCACCAUUUUCCAAAAUUCAUUCUUCUGUCUAAAUAAACUUUUUUUGGGAUAAAUAAUCUCUUUAGGUAUUUUGCAAUCGCUCAUUUAGCUGGUAAAAUACAUCUUUUGUCUCCUGACAGCCCCUUUCAAGUGACAUGAUGCAUACGGGGUUUCUGUUUAUCUUGCAUUUGUUUGCAUUACACCCUUUACUGACAAACCUGCCUUUACAGGAAGAUGUGGUCAAAGAUGAGGCCCAGCACUAGAGAUGUAUGUAAAUAUCCUCUGGAGAGCCAGUUCUAGAAAAGGAGACAAACUGUGGCUACAUCUCAAGAAAGGUGACUUUAAUGCAGAGUUUUGCUGUGUAAAAAGGGCACUCUGCAUGAAUAUUAAUUGAUAUGUUGAUUUUUUCUGUGUUAAUCCCACAGUGAUGUCAGUGGUAUCUGUGCAGGGUUCCCUCAGUCUGAAUGAGGGUUGAUUCAGGGAAGGUUGCAUUGCUUGCUCUGCUUUUUAAAAAAAAACAAAAAAAAAAAAAAA